AUGGCGCGCGCGCGGAUCCUGGUGAGGCAGUUCGGGAUCUGCCCUGGCAAAACACGCCCAAUCACGGCGGUUGCCCUCGACGGUGCGGCCACCCUCUGCCUUGACGCCCUCCUACUGCCGCAGCUUCUCCCAGCCAAGGCCCUCCCCCCGGCUCUUCCUCCCCAUCAUUCUAGACCAAGGAGCUCACUUCGUCCCCCAUCAUUGGAGAAACCGUGCACUCCCCCAUUCCUCCUCUCUGAACACACGUCCGUCUCCCUGGAGCAGUCCACACAGCAAAUGCGUGCGGCCAUCAUCGACUCGCCAUGCGUCUCCCUGUGA